CCUGGAGAUGGCUACCAAGUGUUGAUGUAGAUCUGUCUAUAUUUACAAUGUAAGGCAGAUGGAAGUGCCGGGUUAUGCAUAAGGUCGACGCAUGCGUGGUUUUGCCUAGAGUAGCGGCGUCAUGACAACAGCUAGCCCUUCCUGUGUGUCAGCCAUUUUGAGAGAUUUCACUGGAAGUGAUCACAGUAUUAUUGUGCAAAAUACGACUCUACAAGUGCGUACGACUUGAAGAGGUGGAGAAAACUAUGAAUCCCACUACGACAGUGCCUGUGACCCGCUUGCUCCCCGGGCUGCCAACAGUGGUGUUGGGAGAUGGGACCAGAUGUCUGAUAGAUAACAACACUAUCUGGAUACCUGCUGGUAAUCCUGUUAACCUCUCCCUGGAUGCUGGUUACCUACAGCCAAGACUCCUUCAGCCUGGAGGUCAGUCAUCUGUGACUGCUAUCCCCUUGCCUCCUGCAGUCCAGCCACCAUCUUGCAAUAGACGUAGGGAGAUGAUGCCUGUCUGCCAGCUGCCUGUCAGCCUGCCCAGUGCAGUGCUAGACCUGGAGCUGAUAAGACCAGAGGCCUUCUCCUGUGUUCUGCCCCAACUUGACCCACCCAGUCCAGUUCCUCAUCCCCAGUCUAUGGCCCAUGUUGAAACUCCUCCCAUGCCUACAACAAGCAACCCCAAACCCAAUGUCCAUCAAAAGCAGAAACUCGAGCUCAAGCCCUGCAAACGCAAGCCCCGCACGUUCAGGCCAAAACCUCAGCCAACGCCUCGCAUUCCGAAGGAGAAAAUGAUCAAGCAUCAGCCAGAGAGCAAGCCCUACUUUGUGCCUCAGCCUCUUGGCGCUCAGCACAUCAAAACCCAGAGCAGACCCCUGGGGAACCGUAUCACUAAGUCUGGGGGUAGAAAUAGUAUCAUUAAGGCCUCACCUAAGAGUUUUGCUGAACAGUUGUUGUCUGCUGAUGGUGCAUACUUAAAGCCAAAGUCUGUCUUGCCCAGUACAGGUUGCAAGACAUCCCCUGUCCCUGUUAAGAAUGUAAAGGAUAAGGUUGUUUCAGCACCAGAGAGUCCUAAGUCAGGUGGUGUCACUGCUGCAACAUUAAGUGUACAUUCUGCCAAGUCAGUGGACAGAUGUGAGCCAAACUCUGAUGAUGAAUAUGAUGUGGAAUAUCUGUAUCUUACCAAACUCAUUUUAAGGAAAAAGAAGAAACCCACAUCUGAGCCCAGCAAGGAGCCCCUGCCUUCACGCAAGAGGAAGUGCCCAGAUGACAACAGCGAGGUGUCCCAAGCUGUAAAGCAGGCGAGACUGGAGGAGCCCCAGGACACUCUUGAGGACCUGGAAGCUCUCCUGGCUGAGUACAGCUCCAGUCUCUCAUCUGGCACCAGGGACUUUUUCUAA